CGUGAGUCGGGAUUAAGUUGCUCCAGAGCCAUACCUUCAGCUCCCAUGCCUGUUAACGUCGCGGGUACCCCAAAGAGCCAGGGAUCCGAGGGCUGAGAACUUCAGGCUGUGUUGCGGGACUUCCUGUUGGUCUACAAUCGGAUGACAGAACUCUGCUUCCAGCGCUGCGUGCCCAGCCUGCACCACCGAGCUCUGGACGCUGAGGAGGAGGCCUGUUUGCACAGCUGUGCUGGGAAGCUGAUCCAUUCCAACCACCGUCUCAUGGCCGCUUAUGUGAAGCUCAUGCCUGCCCUGGUACAGCGCCGCAUCGCAGACUAUGAGGCUGCCUCAGCCAUGCCAGGUGUUGCUGCUGAACGGCCUGGAGCCUCGCCAUCUGGCACCUAGCUGUUUCCCACCCCAGAAGGGGGGGGGCUGGACGGACCCUUGGGCUGAGUAGAGCUUGUACAGAGAACGUGAGGAGUAGCCUGAGAGAUGGGUACCUUUGCUCCUUUUCCUGGAGCUAAUAAACCUGCUUUUUUACUGUGUUUCAUUGGGGGGUGGGGGGGGGGAGGAGGGGAGGAACCCACUUUAUUGGCACCAUCAUUUGUUUUGUCAGUUAGUGCAUAUCUAUUAACUUCAGCUCUGGCUGCCAAGAAGUUGCCUUCUGUGUGGAGAAGGAAAACCUCAGUAUCCCAGGCUCCUGGUUAAAGUAGGGUCUGUGGAUACAGUUUUAAGGUUGGUGUGAGCAACAGGAUGUUGGUUCCUGCCCAGAUGACAAAAUAUGAGCCCUGUCUAGCUGUCCUUGAGACUGAAAUGGCUCAUUUGUGAGCCAAGUAUAUGUUAGUUCAUAACUGUUUUUUCAUGGACUAUAUCUUUUAAGAAAGGAUUCUGCCAAGUCUAGGGAAGGCAGGAGAUACCAAGAAACCACAGGGCUUCUAGGUGCUACCUCCUAUGAAAUUAGUGACAUAGAACAGAGAUGAAACUUGUAAGAAUUCUGGAGUGUUCUGGAACUUCUACCAUUUCCCUGGGCCACUUUCUUAAUAUUUUCUGUCUUCUCAGGAUGAGCAAUAAAAGCUUUAAACAGUGGAGGUCUGUGUGCUUGUCUUCAGGAGCAGCCAGGAAGGGGAAAACUUGGGGAAACAUAUUUUGUAAUACAGCCAGACUUCAAGGGGAGAAACUCAAGGGAGAAGUAGAAGGCAAUUUCUGAGCAGCCAGGGCUGAAACCAACAGGUACGCACUAACCGACAGAACAAAGAACGGUGCCGAUAAAGGAUUAAAAAAAAAGAUAAGGCCACGUCUUUGGGACCUCUUUAAUGUUUCCUCAAUAUUUCACCCCUUGUCUAACCCCAAAACCCACUGCUAUCGAGUCGAUUCUCACUCAGCGAGCCUAUAGGACACAGUAUGACUGCCUCUUAGGGUUUCCAAGGAGUGCCUGGUGGAUUUGAACUGCUGACCUUUUAGUUAGGAGCCAUAUCUCUUAACCACUACUCCACUAGGAAACUCCUAACUCUAGCUCUUUCACUGUCCUACCCUACAUUGUUCCCACUGUACCUAUUCUGUGAUUUCUAAUUCCACUGUCCAUUCUUUCUUCAUUUAUUGCCUUCCUUGUAGAAUUUAUUUCUGUAUUCACCUGUCUGGCUUAUCACUCUAUCACUCCAUUUUCUUGCUGUCCUUGGCCCCUUCAUAUCAAUCCAGAUGUUUUAUCUUUUCUAUUUCUCCAUUCAGGCUGUUAGAGAAAAAAAACAAUUGUAUAAUGGACACCACUAAAAAUUCAUGGUCUCCAACCUCAGUCAAGCCCUUACAACCAAUAAGCAAUCCUUUAUAUAUUCCUUGGUGGUGCAGUGGUUAAGAGCCAUGGCUGCUAACCAAAAGGUCAGCGGUUUGAAUCCACCAACCACUCCUUGGAAACCCUAUGGGGCAGUUCUCGAUCCUAUAGGGUCUCUAUGAGUCAGAAUUGACUAGUCGGUGAUGGGUUUUUUUUGUUUGUUUUCCUUUUUUAUGUUCUUAAUCUAUUCCUCCUAAUCACCACAGCAGUUAUUUUACACCUUUUACCUUCAACUAUCCUUCAUUAAAUGACUGUGGUUCAUUUUUCACAGGAAAUUGAAGCUCUUAGACACUGGCUCCCACAAUUAAAAAAAAAAAGUUACAACUGCCUACAAAGCAGACAUUCCAUCCCUUCUACAGAUCAGGAAGUAGCAGACCCUGAAUUAAAACACAGAUCUGACUUCGAAGUCCAUGUUCUUUUUACUAUACCAGGCUGCCUCUCAAUAUCUAUUAAGAACCCACUUUAUAUAGGUUAUGAUGUUGGUAUAGAUCAUGCUUUGUCUUAAUUUUUAUAACAAAACCACAAGUAAGAGGUAUUAUCCCCACUUAAUAGAUGAUAAAGCAAGAAUCCAGAAUGUAUACUGGAGCACCAUCUUACACACAAUUACUUAUUGAGAAAACUGGCUCCAAGUAGUGUUUUACCCUCUUUAGCUGCUAUCUCUUGAGUGGAAAGGUUUGUUAGGAAGGUGAAAGUUGCUGAUCAGAAAACUCCGUACUGACAGGCUUUAUGUCUGCCCAAUAAAAUCCUCCCCUUGGAAAGUAUAAACAGGUGAAACAAUUGGGCGACCUCCCAACUUCCAGAGGCAGGAGAACGGAAUGUUGUGCUGCUGGUGGAAGAAUUCUUCCACAGCAACAUUCGUGUGUAUCCUUGCAAUAAACUUCCAUUGUCAAUUAUCUGUAUUUCCUCUCCAUAUCACGAACCUAGUAACUUUGGAAACCCUGGUGGCAUAGUGGUUAAGUGCUAUGGCUGCUAACCAAAGGGUCGGCAGUUCAAAUCCGCCAGGCGCUCCUUGGAAGCUCUAUGGGGCAGUUCUACUCUGUCCUAUAGGGUCGCUAUGAGUCGGAAUCGACACGAUGGCGCUGGGUACUGGGUUUAGUAACUGCUGAAGAAAGGCUAGGAACAGAGAUCUGUCUGAUAUGAGAAAAACCUUGUUCCUAUUACUGCACCUCCUGUAGUCACUAAAUCUCAGGUCUUGCCAUAAAGUGGAAUCCAUUGUGAAAACAAGGACAAUGUGAUGUUUCAGGCACAACACAGGAAUAAAUGUUAACAAUGCUUUAUAGCAUCACACACACACAAGAUAGGGUUGGUUUUCCUGCCAUUGUCCUGUCAGAACUUACUGCCUGUUCCCUGGGAAAUUCUCAUUUCUUUGAGGAUAUUCAACCGUACCACCCUUUCUCAUUACUUGUCCUGAGUAACUACCACUCUCUUGCCACUUGCCUCUAAAUAUCUAGGCCAUGGUCUUUCUGUAUAUCCAUUGAUACUUUAAUGUCUACAUGGACAGUCCAGUAUUUUGGUCUCUUAGUUCCUUGACCCAAGCGCUAAUAAUUUCUACUCUGUCUUAGCUACCUACUCCCUGGCCAUUGACAUCACCCCAAACUGCUCUAUCUUCAAAUGCUAUUACUGGCAUCUCAUUCACUGACCAUGUUUGUUUAUUGAACUAUUCCUUCUACAACCAUUCUUUGAUUUCGCUGGAGCAUUCAGGCCAUUGCUGCUUCUACCUUCUAUUAGCACCUUGCUGUCUUCAGGUUUGUAUCCAGCUUGAAUUCUAGUGAUUUUUCUGCAGUGGGCUAAAUUUCUUUGCCUCUCAUCUCUUUGUCAGAUAAAGUGAAACAUUUAUGCCUGCGUUUUGGACAGCUGAAUGUUGCCCAGUGAAAUCACUAUGGAGCAGAUUUAUACCACUGUGAGUCUAUGGUGCCCAACUUCAGACUGAAUCUCAGCCCCUAUAAUCCUACUAGAUCUUUCUGGUCAUUUCUCCUGCUUUCUGCAAGGACAAUUUCAAACCAGUAUUCAUAACCCUCUUAUUACAUACCCUUCAAUUCACUUUCUGCAUGUAACCUUAGUUCAUAGACAAAAGUAGAAACUAUCAAAUGGGAAUCUUAUUCACCCAUCUAUACCUGCCUUAUCCUCUUCUCUUACCCUUCUGUCUAAACAGAGGAAGCACGCCUCUUAUCUAAGGUCAAUGCUUAUUCCUGUGAUCUGAGUCCUAGUCCUUUCUUUGGAAUUUAUGACUUCCUUCCACGGUACUAGGUUCUGAUCAGUGUUUAAGCAAGCUGAAGAGUCUUCUAUUAACAGACUAUUCUGGACUCCAUUUCCCCUCCAGUUACCAUGCUAUCUUCCACUUUACAGCUAAACUUUUCAAAACAGUUGUUUACUUUGGCCCUUUCCAUCUUAGAGGUCUGUAACCCUGGUUCAUGACGGUGACCUUUAUAUCCCUGAAUCCAGUGAUUAUUUCCCAGUCCUUGGCUUGCUUUGCUUCUCAGUAGCACUUGGUAUUAUUUACUAGUUCCUCAUCAUUGAUCUGCUUCCCUUGGUGCCUGUGAGUCUACUCUCUUGGCUUUACUACUACCUCUUUGAUUGCAGCUUUUUAGCCUCCCUUUGCAGGCUCAAACUUCUCCCAGCCUUUUAAAAGUUUGUCUAGGUCCUGUUCUUUCUCAGCCUCAUUUUUCAGAGAGUUUCAUCCCCACUCCAGGCCUCAUCUAUUGAAAGCUCCCAGAUCCCUCCCUCCAGCUCCUUUCAUCUCCACUUAGGUGUCUCAAAACAUCCCCCAAAACUUAACAUGUUUAAAGCCAAACUCGUAACCUUUGCCCCUAUGGCUAGUACUCAUUCAGUUGCAGAAGCUAGAAACCACCUGGGCACAUCCCUCUUUCUCACCCCUCAUGCAAUUGCUUCUCCCCAUAUUCACUUUUCCACUCGGCCAAUCCAUUUCCACUGAUCAGCCAGGAAAACACAAACUGAUGCUUAAAACCUUGUAAUAGCUUCCAUUAUUCUGAUAUAAACCAACUAAAUAUGACCUAUAAGGCCCUGCAUAAUCCAGCCCCUGCCUACCUCCAGCUGUGUGUUAUCAGUGACUGUCAAAGAGUGAACUGUCAGUAUAGUUUGCUGAAUUGAGUCACACUUAACUCUCUCCUCUCUGUGCUCCAACUUCACUGGCCUUUCAGUUCCUCUAAAAAAAAAAAAAUUUUUUUUUUUGCUCUAUUCCUUUGCAGCAUAUCUGCACCUUUCCCUCUUUACCUACUUAACUCCAACUCAUUCCUGAGAUCUUGGUUCAAAUACUAUUUCCUCAAAGAUCUCUUAGACUCCAUAAAAAAAACCCAUUGCCAUCGAGUCAAUUCUGACUCAUAGCCACCCUAUAGGACAGAGUAGAACUGCCCCAUAGAGUUUCCAAGGAGUGCCUGGUGGAUUCAAACUGCCGACCUUUGGGCUAGUAGCCAUAGUGUUUAACCGCUACGCAACCAGGGUUUCCUCUCAGACUCCAGCUAUCAUAAUUCCUCAUGCUUUUGCUAUGUCACACUUCUAACAGUUUGUAUGCCUCAUUAGGGCAAAGCCCAUGUUUCUCUUGGUCACCAUUGUGUCCUUAACAUAGUGACUGACACAUAAAAUGUGCUUUAUUAAAUAUUUGUUGAAUGAAUAUCUUUCAGUCUUUCCCAGUUCAAACCAUUAUUAACAUAACCAGAGAAAGGCUUUCUAUCAAAAGAGACAGAAAUGAGCCUAUAAAUUUAAUUGCCAAUGAUUAUAUAUGUUUUUCAUCCAAAAUCUCACUGAGUGAUAUCUUCUACCCUUACUAUUCACAGAACAAUCAGCACCUGAAAGCCCUCAUCUGGAUCAAAUCAUUCUUUCCAGUUUGCUCUCAAUUUGUAUAAAAACAAACAAACAUAAAAUCUGUUGUCAUUGAUUUGAUUCUGACUCAUAGUGACCCUAUAGGACAGAGUAGAACUGACUCGUAAGGUCUCUAAGACUGUAAUCUUUACGGAAGCAGACUCCCACAUAUUUCUCCCGAUGAGUGGCUAGUGGGUUCAAACCACCGACCUUUCAGUUAGCAGUCGAGUGCUUAACCACUGUGCUACUAUACAGCCAUGGUAGUCAGAACAGCCUAGUACUGGUACAAUGACAGACACAUAGACCCAUAUAAUAGAAUUGAGAACCGAGAAGUAAAUUAAUCGACAUAUGGACAGCUGAUCUUUGACAAAGUGUCAAGUCCAUUAAAUGGAGAAGAGAAAGUCUCUUUAACAAAUGGUGCUGGCAAAACUGCGUAUUCAUUUGCAGAAAAAUGAAACAAGAUUCAUACAUCACACCAUACACAAAAACUAACUCAAAAUGGAUCAAAGACCUAAAUGGAAAACCUAAAACUAUAAACAUCAUGGAAGAAAAAAUAGGGACAAUGCUAGGGGUCCUAAUAUAUGGCACAACUAGAAUACUAAACAAAUAAAAAUGCACAAACAACAGAAGAUAAACUAGAAAACCGGGAUCUCCUAAAAGUUAAACACUUAUACUCAUCAAAAGAGUAAAAAGAGAACCUACAGACUGGAAAAGAAAAAAAAAUUGCCUACGAUAUACUCGACAAGAGCCUAAUCUGUAAAAUUUAUAGAAAACGUUAACACCUCAACAACAAAAAGACAACCCAAUUAAAAAAUGGCCAAUGGACAUUGUCAUGGAUUUAAUUGUGUCCCCCCAAGAUAUGUGUCAACUUGGAUAGGCCAUGAUUCCCAGUAUUGUGUGGUUGUCCUCCAUUUUGUAAUCUGAUGUAAUUAUCCUAUGUGUUGUAAAUCCUUAAUCUCUUUCUGUGGUUUAUGAGGCAAGGCUGUUAUUGUCGUUAGGUGCUGUCGAGUCGGUUGCGACUCUAGCGACCCUAUGCACAACAGAACGAAACACUGGCCGGUCCUGAACCAUCCUUACAAUUGUUGUUAUACUUGAGCUUAUUGUUGCAGACACUGUGUCAACCCACCUUGUUGAGGGUCUUCCUCUUUUCUGCCGACCCUGUACUCUGCCAAGCAUAAUGUCCUUCUCCAGGGACUGAUCCCUCCUGACAACAUGUCCAAAGUGUGUAAGACACAGUUUCACCAUCCUUGCCUCUAAGGAGCAUUCUGGCAGCACUUCUUCUAAGACAGAUUUGUUCGUUCUUUUGGCAGUCCAUGGUAUAUUCAAUAUUCUUUCCCAACACCACAAUUCAAAGGUGUCGACUCUUCUUCGGUCUUCCUUAUUCAUUGUCCAGCUUUCACAUGCAUGUGAUGCGAUUGAAAAUACCAUGGCUUGGGUCAGGCACACCUUAGUCUUCAAGGUGACAUCUUUGCUCUUCAACACUUUGGAGAAGUCCUUUGCAGCAGACUUACCCAAUGCAAUGGAUCUUUUGAUUUCUUGACUCUUGCUUCCAUGGUUGUUGAUUGUGGAUUCAAGUAAAAUGAAAUCCUUGACAACUUCAAUCUUUUCUCAGUUUAUCACGAUGUUGCUCAUUGGUCCAAUUGUGAGGAUUUCUGUUUUCUUUAUGUUGAGGUGCAAUCCAUACUGAAGGUUGUGGUCUUUGAUCUUCAUUAGUAAGUGCUUCAAGUCCUUUUCACUUUCAGCAAGCAAAGUUGUGUCAUCUGCAUAACGCAGGUUGUUAAUGAGUCUUCCUCCAAUCCUGAUGCCCCAUUCUUCUUCAUAUAGUCCAGCUUCUUGUAUUAUUUGCUCAGCAUACGGAUUGAAUAGGUGUGGUGAAAGAAUACAACCCUGCUGCACACCUUUCCUGACUUUGAACCAAUCCGUAUCCCUUUGUUCUAUCUGAACAACUGCCUCUUGAUCUAUGUCAAGGUUCCUCAUGAGUACAAUUAUGUGUUCUGGAAUUCCCAUUCUUCUCAAUGUUAUCCAUAAUUUGUUAUGAUCCACACAGUAAAAUGCCUUUGCACAGUCAAUAAAACACAGGUAAACAUCCUUCUGGUAUUCUCUGCUUUCAGCCAGGAUCCAUCUGACAUCAGCAAUGAUAUCCCUGGUUCCAUGUCCUCUUCUGAAACUGGCCUGAAUUUCUGGCAGUUCCCUGUCGAAAUAUUGCUGCAGCCACUUUGAAUGAUCUUCAGCAAAAUUUUGCUUGCCUGUGAUAUUAAUGACAUUGUUCUAUAAUUUCCACAUUCAGUUCGAUCACCUUUCUUGGGAAUAAGCAUAAAUACGGAUCUCUUCCAGUCAUGUGUCUGUCAGUUUGUCAUACUGUGGGGGCUCGCGUGAUGCUGUGAUGCUGGAAGCUGUGCCACCAGUAUUCAGAUACCAGCAGGGUCACCCAUGGAGGACAGGUUUCAGCUGAGCUUCCAGACUAAGACAGACUAGGAAGAAGGACCCAGCAGUCUACUUCUGAAAAGCAUUAGCCAGUGAAAACCUCAUGAAUAGCAGCGGAGCAUUGUCUGAUAUAGUGCUGAAAGAUGAGCCCCCCAGGUUGGAAGGCACUCAAAAGAUGACUGCGGAAGAGCUGCCUCUUCAAAGUAGAGUUGACCUUAAUGACGUGGAUGGAGUAAAGCUUUCGGGAUGUUCAUUUGCUGAUGUGGCAUGACUCAAAAUGUGAAGAAACAGCUGCAAAUAUCCAUUAAUAAUCGGAACCUGGAAUGUACGAAGUAUGAAUCUAGGAAAAUUGGAAAUCAUCAAAAAUGAAAUGGAAUGCAUAAACAUCAAUAUCCUAGGCAUUAGUGAGCUGAAAUGGACUGGUAUUGGCCAUUUUGAAUCAGACAAUCAUAUAAUCUACUAUGCUGGGAAUGACAACUUGAAGAGGAAUGGUGUUGCAUUCAUUGUCAAAAAAAAAAAAAAUUCAAGGUCUAUCCUGAAAUACAACGCUAUCAGUGAUAAGAUAAUAUCCAUAUAAGGCAAGAUUAGGUUAUGUUAAAGAGGAUUAGGGUGGGAUGCAGCACUCUUUCUUAGGUCAUAGCCCUGAUCCUAUGUAAGGGGAGUGUAGCCUGCAUCACCAUUUAUCUUAAAAGACAAGAGGAAAGAGAAGCAAGCAGAGGGAUUGGGACCUCAUACCACCAAGAAAGAAUAGCCAGUAACAGAGCAUGUCCUUUGAACCUGAGGUCCCUGCACUGAGAAGUUUCUAGACCAGGGGAAGAUUGAUGACAAGGACCUUCCCCCAGAGCCAAUAGAGAAAGCCUUCCCCUAGAGCUGGCACCCUGAAUUUGGACUUCUAAACUGUGAGGGAGUAAACUUCUCUUUGUUAGAGCCAUCCACUUGUAUUUCUGUUAUAGCAGCACUAGAUAACUAUGCAGAUACAUAGGUAGGUAUGUAUGCUGAAUAGGAGAGGGCAUAUGGGAGUACAUGCAAGUACAUAUAUGGGUUUGGCAAUGGAUAUUUUUACAUAUAUGUAUGUGCUGCAUCUAUAUUCAUAUAUACAAAAGAGCACACGGCACAGUCAUGGAAAUACCCUAGACAUAACCAGACACUUUGCAGGACUGAGUUACCGUACUUGAGGGCUAGGGACCAUUGUCUCGGGGGACAUAUAGGUCAACUGGCUUAACGUAGUUGAUAAAGACAAUGUUCUACAUCUGUGGUGUAAUGGAUCAUUUACAUGGCCUUUCUCACCAUGGUCUUGUAACUCCCACCAAAAGACUGGGUGGGGCUAUGCAAAUUAGGUGCUUGUGCCCCACCAAGGGAAUUGGAUAGCUUGCUAAUAAAGUAAAUAAGGUGCAUGGCACCAUUGUGGGGGUGAGACCAUGCAAAUAAGGUGUAUGGAACUAUAAUGAGAUUAGUCAGUUUUGCCAUUCUGCUGGGCUUCAGCUGUUUAUCUUGAUUCUCCUUCUCCCUUGUGAAGUUAGAGGAGGUCACACACCCGGCCACACCACUUUUACAAUAUCCCACUUUGGUGAGUAGGAUCUGGGGUCUUAAAAGCUUGUGAUUGGCCAUCUAAGAUACAACUAUUGAUCUCUGUCUGGAGCAAAGGAGAGUGAAGAAAACCAGACUCAAGGAAACAAUUAGCCCAAAGGAAAAAUGGACCACAGGAACCACAGCCUCCGUUAGCCCGAGACCAGAAGAACUAGAUGGUGCUCAACUACCAUUACUGACAGCUCUGACUAGAAUCACAAUAGAAGGUCCCGGUUACAGUGGGGAAAAAACGUAGAACAAAAUUCGAAUUCAUAAGAAAAAGACUGGACUUCCUGCUCUGAGAGAGACUGGAGGAACCCUCAAGACAAUGGCCCUUAGAUACCCUUCUAACAUGAAACUGAAACCAUUCCCAGAGAUCAUCUUUCAGCCAAAUAGUAGACAGGCCUAUAAAUAAACAAUAACACCCAUGAGGAAACUGCUGCUAUAUAAGACCAAAGGGCAAAAUCUGCCCAAAAGCAAUGAUGAGAAGGCAGGAAGGGGCAGGAAAACUGAACAAGUGAAAAUGGAGAACUCAGGAUAGUUAUGGGGAGAGUGUUGACACAUUGAGGGGGUAGAAACCAAUGCCACAGAACAAUUUGUGUAUAAACUAUUGAAUGGGAAACUAAUUUGCUGUUUCAACCUUCACCUAAAAAGCACAUUUAAAAAAAAAGAGAAUGGCUAUUGGGAGGUACCCCCAAUCCAUUUUCCACACUAGCCAAGAGUGAUUCCCGCAAAAUACAAAUUUAACCACAUUAUUCAUCUACUUAAUGCUUUCUCUGGCAUACUCCUUAGCAUGGCUAAUAAAGCUUUCUCUCAUUAGGUCACAGCUGACCUCUCUGGCCUCAUCUUCAACCCCCUUUCCUCAGUUUUUGAUUCUCAUCCUCGGUUAUAGAAGGACCAUUUUUUUUGUACUGCUUGGAUACACCAUGCUGAUUCUGGACUCUGUUUUCUCUUUUUUGGUUAUGUCUCACAUUCAUCCAUAUAUUUACAUUUUUCACAAAUAUUUGAACAACUGCUUUUAUUAAACUGUGUUAAGGUCUGCAGACAGAGGUAAAUGAGACAGAUGCAACCCUAUUCUCUUGGAACUUAAGGUAGAUAUAUAAAGGCCUAUAUAAAACAAAUAGUCACAAUUGUGAUGAAUGUUAUGAAGAAUAUGUACAUUGUAGUAAAAUGUACAAACAGUUGGAGUUAGAAAACCAAAAGGGAAGAACAUGCUUGGCAUUUGUCAAGCUGAAAGAAUAGAAUAAAAAAUUUAAGCCUCAAGUUGCAAUACUGAAGGAUUCUAUGGGCAAAAUAUUGAACCACGCAGAAAGCAUCAAAAGAAGAUGGAAGGAAUAUACAACCACUGGACCAAAAAGAAUUGGUCGAUAUUCAACCAUUUCAUGAGUUAGCAUAUAAUCAAGAACCGAUGGUACUGAAGAAAGAAGACCAAGCUGCAUAGAAGGCAUUGUGGAAAAACAAGGCUCCAAGAACUAAUGGAAUAUCAACUGAGAUGUUUCAACAAACGGAUGCAGUGCUGGAGGUGCUCACUCAUCUAUGCCGAGAAAUUUGGAAGACAGCUACCUGGCCAACAGACUGGAAGAGAUCCAUAUUUGUGCCCAUUCUGAAGAAAGCUAAUCCAGCAGGAUGUGGGAAUUAUCGGACAGUAUAAAAAAAAAA